UAUUAUCUUACACAUUUGUCACGAGCAUAAGAUUGAGGGACUUAUUUUGCCAUUUUCAUAACAUGAUGUGGGUUAAGUGUAAUUUAACCAUAAGUUGACACAAGGUUAUAUAAAGUGAAAGGGAAGCAAGAAGAAAGUGUAGAUAAAGUGAUUCAAAGAAAAAAAACACACCAACAAGAUUUUCUUGUUUUUUUUACUCUCUCUCUCUAGAAAUUGGAAGUUAGAGAGAGAGAGAGAGAGAGUUUUAGAGCAAUCCAACAAUGGAGAUCACCUCAAGAUUACAUGAGAGAGAAAACCCAUCUCCGGCGAACUCUCCGACCAGCCACGCCAGCAGUAGCAACAGCAAUGGACAUGUCGCCGGCGGUGGCGCCACCGUCCAAACACCACCAUUAACACCAAGACCCGUUUCGAGAUCCGAACCAAGUCCAUACCCAACCACCUUCGUUCAAGCCGACACUACUAACUUCAAGCAAGUAGUCCAGAUGCUAACCGGAUCCUCCGAAACCGCCAAACAUGCUUCAUCAAAACCGACCCAACAACCAGAUCCGGCUCCGGCGAAGGUAUCCAUACCACCAAUCAAAACGGGACAACAAAAGAAACAAGGGUUCAAACUAUACGAGCGUCGUAACAGCUUGAAAAACGGGUUGAUGAUUAACCCUAAUUCGGUUCCCAAAUUCGGAAACGGGCACGGGUCGUCGCCCCGAUUUCACGAGAUUCUAUCUCCGAGCAUUCUUGAUUUUCCGUCGCUGGUUCUCAGUCCGGUGACGCCGUUGAUCGAAGACCCGUUUAACAAAUCGUCGCCGUCGGUCGGUAAUUCCUCGGAGGAAGAUAGAGCAAUUGCCGAAAAGGGGUUUUACCUUCACCCAUCGCCGAGGGCGGCGACACCGCGAGGGGCGGCGGAGCCACAGCUGUUGCCGCUGUUUCCGGUGAGCUCGCCUCGGGUUAACGGGUCGCCGUCGUAGAUAAGGAAUAAUUAUGGAUGUUGAAAUUGAAGGUUAGAUAUCUUUUGCUUCAAUUGUACAAUUUGGAUCUCUGCGAUUCCAUUU